AUGCCUUCUAAUUCUGGAGAUGAUAAUGUUCUUCAAGUUCUCUUCAAGAACUUCGAUGUUCUUGCUCUCCCAUUGGUUGCUCUCGUCUACCCUCUAUAUGCAUCAGUGAAAGCAAUAGAGAGAAAAUCAUUAGCAGAAGCUGAGCAAUGGCUCACCUAUUGGGUUCUCUACGCAAUCAUCUCCCUCUUCGAACUCAUUUUCAACAAACUUCUUGAAUGGUUUCCGAUAUGGCCGUUCUUGAAGCUGAUCGCGAUAUGCUGGCUAGUGCUACCACAGUUCAACGGAGCAGAGCAUGUCUAUAGACAUUUCAUUAGACCAUUCUACAUGAACCCUCAAAGAGCCACCACAAACAUCUGGUACGUUCCUCAGAAGAAAUUCAAUUUCUUCCCCAAACGUGAUGAAGACGACAUCCUCACCGCUGCUGAGAAGUACAUGGAGCAUCAUGGCACCGAGGCUUUUGAGAGAAUGAUCGUCAGGAAGGAUAGUUAUGAAAGGGGAAGGGGAGGAGGAGGAGGAAGAGGAAGCAAUAAUUACAUGAUCUUUGAUGAUGAUUAUAGGUACUAA